AUGGCCGCCGCCGCCCGCUCUUUUCAGGGCGUCAGUGUUAAAACUUUGUCGGUGCCCCGCGAUUAUCAUACAAUGCCCACUUGCGAUGCGGCCGCGGUGACAGAUACGCGUUUCCUGCAAGCCGAAACGGCCGGCGGCCAUUUUGUUAUGCGGUUUCGCGCGCACGCGAAAUGGCGGUGGCCGCGCUCAAAGUUAAUGCCACGCUGGCGCUUCGUAAUUGUGGCCGAGCAGUUAGUGCAAACACCAUUUAUAGCGUCAUUAAAGCGCGGCUACUCUGUUGUUCGUCGCCUCUGGUGCUCC